GCCAGGCGUGGCAAUGGGGAAACAAAAUGGCCGACAAAGCUCCGUGUCCAAAUCUUCCGGGUUUGAUCUAGAAUAAUUGAAAUCACAGGAUAUUUAAGGAGAAUCAUGUCACAGCCAAGCAGGAUUUUACCGCAAAGUAAAGAGACUCUUCUCAAGUCUUACACCAAACGUUUGAAAGAUGACGUGAAGUCGAUUCUGGAUAACUUUACUGAAAUCGUUAAAUCUUCAAAAGUUGAAGAUGAAACUCAGGUAUCACGACUGACUCAGUCAGCCCAAGAUCAGUAUGAAGUGAAUGUCAGGGCUGCCAAUAUUGUUAGGGCAGGAGAAUCUCUUUUGAAGCUGGUUUCAGAUAUGAAAGAAUUUUUAAUCUUGAACGACUUUCCAUCUGUAAAUGCCACCAUCUCUGAACGAAGCAGCACUCUUCAAGAGAUGACAAAUCAGACAGAUCAAAAACUGUUAACCCUUAAACAAGAACUUGCUCUUAAUUUAUAUGAACUGGAACAAUCAUACUACUCAUCUAGUUAUAGAUAAUGUGCACAAUGUUGUAAGCCAUUAGAUGUGUCUUUGUUCUGUGUGUCAUUCUUGAAUAUAAUCCCUGCAUGUAAAUAAUUCUCUAGUGCACAGACAAGUUGGUUGGUGCUUACCAAAACAUAAGAUACUAAGAUUCUAGAAAAAAUUUGUGUAAGAGUUAACCAUAAAUCAGAACAAGAGCUUUAUUUUAGCAUACAUGUUACACUGGAAAUUACUUCCACUGC